AGAGAGAGAGAGAGAGAGAGAGAGAGAGAGAGAGAGAGAGAGAGAGAGAGAGAGAGAGAGACCCAGAGACCCAUCACAGAAACGGAACCAGGUCAGUCUCUACAGUACAGCAGCCCCAUCUGCUCCAGAAUCGAACCGAGCCAGCCUGCCGUACAGUGGCCGCUGUCUGUGGGUGUCGCGCUUGUCACGGCUGCUGCUGAGGGACAGGCGCCCCGCUCUUCAGGGAAGAGGCUCACGAUUCAGGUGCUGCUUUCAUCUUGUGACGAGCCUGCGUCGGUUCUCCGCUGUGAUUGGUGCAGCCAUGGCAGAGCCCACCCCUUCUCAAGCCCUGGAGGCGGUGCUAAAGGGGAGCUCCUCCCUCCCAGAGGGGACGCCGCAGGUCAAAGGUUAUGACUUCAACCAGGGAGUGGAUCACAAAGCUCUGCUGCAGUCCUACCUCACUACCGGCUUCCAGGCUACCAGCUUCGGGAGAGCAGUGCAGGAGAUUAACAGCAUGAUAGAGAAGAGGCUGGAGCCACUGGAGCAGACAGAGGAGCCCUCCGCCCCCCCAGACCUGAGCCAGCGGCAUCACUCGGGCUGUACCAUCUUCCUGGGGUACACCUCCAACCUGAUCAGCUCCGGAGUGAGAGAGUCCAUCCGCUACCUCGCACAGCACAAUAUGGUGGAUGUUCUCGUCAGCACAGCGGGAGGGGUCGAGGAGGAUCUUAUCAAGUGUCUGGCCCCCACCUUCCUGGGGGAGUUCAGCCUGCCGGGGAGGGAGCUGCGAGCCCGGGGCAUCAACAGGAUCGGUAACCUGCUGGUCCCCAAUAAUAAUUACUGUCUAUUUGAGGACUGGCUGAUGCCCAUUCUUGACCAGAUGCUGCUGGAGCAGAAGACUGAGGGCACACUCUGGACUCCCUCCAAGAUGAUCCAUCGAUUAGGGAAAGAAAUUAACAACCCGGAGUCUGUUUACUACUGGGCUUACAAGAAUAACAUCCCCGUGUUCAGCCCGGCCCUGACGGAUGGUUCCCUGGGGGAUAUGAUCUACUUCCACUCCUACAAGAACCCUGGCUUAGUGCUGGACAUCGUGGAGGGUGUGUGUGUGUCACACUGGGAGCUGUGCUGUGUCAAGCACCACAUCUGCAACGCUAACCUCAUGCGGAAUGGUGCUGACUUUGCGGUCUUUGUGAACACGGGGCAGGAGUUCGACGGCUCUGACUCGGGAGCGCGGCCGGACGAAGCCGUGUCCUGGGGUAAGAUCCGUGCCGACGCCACGCCUGUCAAGGUCUAUGCAGAUGCUGCUCUGGUGUUCCCCCUGCUGGUCGCUGAAACAUUUGCACGACAUGCCGAUGCGCUCACAGCACAGAAGAAGAAGGAUUGAGACCCUCCUCCCUCACCUCUCCCCUCUCCCUCGCUCCCUCACAGCCCAGAGCAAGGACUGAGACCCUCCUCCCUCACCUCUCCCCUCUCCCUCGCUCCCUCACAGCCCAGAGCAAGGACUGAGACCCUCCUCCCUCACCUCUCCCCUCUCCCUCGCUCCCUCACAGCCCAGAGCAAGGACUGAGACCCUCCUCCCUCACCUCUCCCCUCUCCCUCGCUCCCUCACAGCCCAGAGCAAGGACUGAGACCCUCCUCCCUCACCUCUCCCCUCUCCCUCGCUCCCUCACAGCACAGAAGAAGAAGGAUUGAGACCCUCCUCCCUCACCUCUCCCCUCUCCCUCGCUCCCUCACAGCCCAGAGCAAGGACUGAGACCCUCCUCCCUCACCUCUCCCCUCUCCCUCGCUCCCUCACAGCCCAGAGCAAGGACUGAGACCCUCCUCCCUCACCUCUCCCCUCUCCCUCGCUCCCUCACAGCCCAGAGCAAGGACUGAGACCCUCCUCCCUCACCUCCCCUCCCCUCUCCCUCACAGCCCAGAGCAAGGACUGAGACCCUCCUCCCUCACCUCUCCCCUCUCCCUCGCUCCCUCACAGCCCAGAGCAAGGACUGAGACCCUCCUCCCUCACCUCUCCCCUCUCCCUCGCUCCCUCACAGCCCAGAGCAAGGACUGAGACCCUCCUCCCUCACCUCUCCCCUCUCCCUCGCUCCCUCACAGCCCAGAGCAAGGAUUGAGACCCUCCUCCCUCACCUCUCCCCUCUCCCUCGCUCCCUCACAGCCCAGAGCAAGGAUUGAGACCCUCCUCCCUCACCUCUCCCCUCUCCCUCGCUCCCUCACAGCCCAGAGCAAGGAUUGAGACCCUCCUCCCUCACCUCUCCCCUCCCUCGCUCCCUCCCUCACAGCAGAGGAGUUGGGUUUUCUGUUGACUGAACCCCAGGCUUGGCAGACACCCUUGGGGGUACAGCGUGCCAGCGUCACACAAAGAGAGAGCGAGCAAGCGAGGCUGGCACAGUGCAGGCUGCCUCUGUGAGUCUCCCAGCUCAUCCUUUAACUGUCACCUGAAUGAGCUUCGUGCUGCUGAUUGAAAUAAAAUAAAGGAGCUCUGGAUUCCUUC